UCAUUCACACCAAACUGAGGAAAAGCAGCAGAGGCUUUGGUUUCACUGUGGUCGGCGGUGAUGAACCAGAUGAAUUUCUACAGAUAAAGAGUUUGGUGCUUGAUGGGCCUGCAGCACUGGAUGGCAAGAUGGAAACAGGAGAUGUUAUUGUCAGCGUGAAUGACACAUGUGUACUGGGCCACACCCACGCCCAAGUGGUCAAAAUCUUCCAGUCAAUUCCUAUUGGAGCCAGCGUGGACCUAGAACUGUGCCGAGGCUAUCCUCUGCCUUUUGACCCAGAUGAUCCCAACACAAGCCUGGUGACAUCUGUGGCCAUCUUGGAUAAAGAACCAAUCAUUGUAAAUGGGCAAGAAAGCUACGACUCUCCGGCAAGCCAUGGUAGUAAAACAGGGAAGGUCAACGGGACAAAAGAGCAGAGACCUAGCAGUCCCACUGAGGUUUCUUCCAAUGGAUCCCACGGCUACCCCAAUGACACCGUCUCUUUGGCUUCUUCUAUAGCAACGCAACCUGAACUCAUAACUGUACAUAUAAUUAAAGGGCCAAUGGGCUUUGGCUUCACUAUAGCAGACAGUCCUGGAGGUGGGGGACAGAGAGUGAAGCAAAUUGUCGACAGCCCAAGAUGCCGAGGCCUAAAAGAAGGGGACCUUAUAGUUGAAGUGAAUAAAAAGAAUGUGCAGAAUCUAACUCACAACCAAGUUGUGGAUAUGCUGAUUGAAUGUCCUAAAGGAAGUGAGGUGACACUGCUGGUACAGCGAGGAGGAUUGCCAGCCCCAAAGAAGAGCCCAAAGUCGCAACCACUUGAACGGAAAGACAGCCAAAACAGCUCCCAGCACAGCGUCUCCAGCCACCACAGCACCCACACGGCUUCACCAAUUCACAGCACUCAGGUGCUUCCCGAAUACCCUGUUCCUGAAACACCAGCGAUAGACCAACCAGACAACGCAGGGCAGAAGAAGCCAGAUCCAUUCAAAAUCUGGGCCCAGUCCAGGAGCAUGUAUGAAAGCCGACCUAUGUCACCUUCGCCUACGACUGGACUGAGCAAGGGUGAAAGAGAAAGAGAAAUCAAUUCCACGAGUUUUGGAGAAUUUCCAGAUUAUCAAGAACAGGAUAUAUUUCUCUGGAGGAAGGAAACUGGUUUUGGAUUUAGGAUUCUUGGUGGAAAUGAGCCUGGGGAACCAAUUUACAUUGGUCAUAUUGUGCCAUUGGGUGCUGCAGACGCUGAUGGUCGCUUGAGGUCUGGAGAUGAAUUGAUCUGCGUGGACGGAACACCGGUGGUUGGAAAGUCACACCAGCUUGUAGUCCAGCUUAUGCAACAAGCUGCAAAGCAAGGCCAUGUCAAUUUAACUAUCAGACGCAAAGUGGUAUACACAGUCCCCAAAGCAGAGAAUGAGGUUCCUUCUCCAGCUUCUUCUCAUCACAGCAGCAACCAACCAGCUUCUUUGACUGAGGAGAAACGCACUCCACAGGGGAGUCAAAACUCACUCAACACUGUCAGUUCAGGCAGUGGCAGCACCAGUGGAAUUGGUAGUGGUGGGGGCGGAGGCAGUGGUGUGGUCAGCACCGUGGUCCAGCCCUAUGAUGUUGAAAUACGGCGUGGAGAGAAUGAAGGUUUUGGAUUUGUCAUUGUGUCUUCAGUUAGUCGUCCAGAAGCUGGAACAACUUUUGCAGGCAAUGCAUGUGUGGCCAUGCCUCACAAAAUAGGUCGGAUUAUUGAGGGGAGCCCAGCAGACCGGUGCGGGAAGCUGAAAGUCGGAGACCGGAUAUUGGCCGUUAAUGGAUGCUCCAUCACCAACAAAUCACAUUCGGACAUCGUCAACCUAAUCAAAGAAGCAGGAAAUAUGGUUACUCUGCGCAUAAUUCCAGGAGAUGAAUCUUCCAAUGCAACAUUAUUGACCAAUGCAGAAAAAAUUGCUACAAUUACAACUACACAUACUCCUCAACAAAUGCCACAGGAGAACAGAAACAAUGCAAAGACAAAACAGGAAUCCCAAUUUGAUUUCAAAGCACCAACAGCCUCCCAGCCAGAACAAGAUUUUUACACUGUGGAACUUGAAAGAGGAGCUAAAGGGUUUGGCUUCAGUCUGCGAGGUGGCCGAGAGUAUAACAUGGAUCUCUAUGUCUUGCGGUUAGCAGAAGAUGGCCCCGCUGAGAGAUGUGGAAAAAUGAGGAUUGGGGAUGAAAUCCUGGAGAUUAAUGGAGAAACCACAAAGAACAUGAAGCACGCUCGAGCCAUAGAACUAAUUAAAAAUGGUGGUCGCAAAGUUCGCCUGUUUCUCAAACGUGGAGAUGGCUCUGUACCGGAAUAUGACCCCAGCAGCAACAGGAGCAGCCCAGCCACAGGUUCACAAAAAGUAUCGGAAGUGAAAAAUAUGCAGUACGACAGACAACAACACUUACCAUUGGAGCCCAGUUAUCCACCAGAUCUUCACAAAUCACCCCAACAUGGAGAGAAGCGGAUAUGUUUCAAGGAACCCAAAAGUAGCAGAGAGUUUGGCAGACAAUCCAAUGAGCAUCACACAUGGAAUGGAACUUCUAAAAACAGCAAUAGCAUCCCAGUCCGAAAAAAGGACAGAUCACCGGAAAAAAGGCACGAGCGUCAACCAGAGAGAAUGGCCAUCAAUGGACAAAAACGAAGAACUCCUGAAAAGAGGAGAGAAGGUACAAGGAGUGCCGAAAACACUCUGGAGAGAAGGGACAGGUAUGAGAGGAGAAGAGACUUUUCUCCAGAAAAACGAAGAGAACGAUCACCGACUCACCGACGGGAUAACUCACCCAGCAGAAGAAGACGGUCGCUCGAAAGACUUAUGGAUCAGAGGAGAUCACCAGACAAGAAGAAGGAGAGCUCACCUCCUGAAAGGAGGGCUAAGUCAACGGAGAGGAGGAGAGAGAGGACCCCAGAACGAAGAAGAGAGAGGUCUCCCGAUAAACGAAAUAGAGAUGGCAGAGUCAGUUUUCGGGAGAAGGAAGAAGGCACGCUGAGAUACGACACAAUUAAAAGUAACAGGCACCCAACAGAACAAAAACGGCGACCUUAUAAAGAGUGCAGCACUGACCUCAGUAUCUAGUGGCUUUUGUAGCCUUAACAAUACUUUUGCGGCCUUUCCAGCAUUCAGAGUUCUUAGGAAGGAAGGUAGCAAGCCUCAAAUGAGCUUCUCGCAGCCACCACAAAAAAUAAAGUCUAAUCAUCCACAACCUAUUCACAUGUUUUGCACAUGGUGUGGGCAGCAUUAAAGUAUAUGCAUUUCAAAUCAUAUUUGCCAAAUGUUCGUCCCAAAAGGGUGAUGAAAAUUGUGUUCCUUCUUAACACAUCGCUGUGAGCAUUAGAUGCAUUGUACUUUUCUGUGACUUAGUUGUCCCUUUCUUAGUUUUAUGGUGGGAAGCCAACAGUAGUUAAACAUUUAGGAUCAACCACACUGUUUUGCUGAUUAUUUUAUUGCAAUCAUGAAUUUAUGAUUUUCUAAAGAAUGGGUUGGAGGAAGAGGGGAGGGUUGAUCAGUAAAACUUUGAACUACUGCGGAGGGAUUUUUUUUUCCUUUACAAAUAACCAACAUAGUUCUCAAACUAAGAGAACUAUUUGAAGAGACUACUGCUGGGAUGAAGGAUAUUUAUGCAGAUCUACACAGCACACGUUGUUAAGAAAUGUAUGGUGUGUUCCAUUGAACAAUAAGUACUUUGGGUCUCCUUUAAAAGGAAGUAACGUGGCCAAGGAUCGGUAGUCAUCAUGCAUUGUAUCAUGUGCAGGAUAAACCAUCAUGUUUUGUUCAUAAUUGUGACCAUUAAUGAAAUUUCACAAAGGCAGCACCACUGUUGUUCUUGUUCAACCAGUAGAACCAUUCAGAUGAAAUUGGAGCCUGAAUAGUAUCACUUGUUUGCCUUGAAAGGGAAAUUGACGUGAAUUUGAUUCCUUAUUCAAGAAGCAUUUUGAGGAACAAAUACUUCUUUCAUAGGCCGAGUUUAAAUGCUUUCAGGUCAGUCUAAGCAUUUAAGUACUCUUGUCACCAAAUGGAACUGUUUCUCUGGGCUUCUGUUUUUUUUUUUUAAUUAUUAUUAUUAUUUUACCUUUUUUCCCUUUCCACUUUCUGGUGCACCCUUACUUGAGACAAAAGGAAAUACAUUUGCAAAAUUGUCAAACAAUAAGUUAAAAAUUUGGUGUGGCAUUCUUGAGAGAAAGUUGUGGUUUGAGCUCUACGUCAGACUGUCACGAGGGGAACUGACCUAUUCAAGAUUCUUUUCUGUUGGGUAUUUUCAUGCAACAAGUUUGUGCGGUAAGUAUACUGUAGUACCAAUAGCAGAACUAAUGGAUACUGCCUAGCUGAGCCAAAAAAAAUAAAAAAUGCCGUUACUGUUGGACCACUAAAAAUUUUAAACUGCUGCUUUUUAUUUUACAGUGCAUUGAGGUGUAUGUGUAAUACUGUUUCACUGUGUUUUUUUGUUCAUGUGCCCAUGCACAGACACAUAUACAUAAAAGAAAAUAAGAUUACAAGUCUAUCACUGUUAUUGCCCUGGUACUGUAAAGAAAAAGGAAAGACAAAGAUGGCUUGUCAUUGUGUGUACAGACUUUAAAUUGUAAUUAACAGAGCCUGUUGAAAACAAACAAAAAGAAACAGUUGCCUUUUUGCUUGUAUAAAAGAGACUUUAUGACAGAAUUUAGCUGUGAGGAAUGUGCUACAUGUUUAUAAUUCUGAGGAAAAAAAUGGAACAAAUUGAUUCACGGGAAUAUAUUUUAAUGUAAACUGAAUCAGGUAUGUAAAGCUGUUUUAACAGAAGACAGUAUAAGUAACUUGGAAGCUUUUGUUGAUCGGGAUAUAUCAUGUCCUCUGGUGGGGUGGAAAAUGCCUCCUGGAGGCCUCGGGAUGCGGUUUCUGUUCUUCAGUUAUCAUUUCUUGCCAUGUGGUCUAGUUAUAGUGCUGUUUUUUUCUGUGUUGACAAGAAACAUACGUGGGCCAAUCUUUUUUAUAAAACCCUAUGCAUAUAUAAAUACGGCAUUGUUCAUAGCUUUAUUUGAAAGAUUGGGUUUAUACAUGACGAUAGUCUAAGUAGAUGUGGACUUUAUUCAAUAUAAGACUCUUUCCUUGGGACAAAAUACAAUGUAUAUGAUGUAGCUACAACGAAGGAAAGAAUCUCUGAAUGCUAUUUUUAUUAUCAAAUAAAGAUUUCCAUACAAAGCAU